AUGGGUCGUCGUCUCGCCCACUGCUACCGCUACUGUAAGAACAAACCUUUACUUUUCUGUCGCCAUCUCGUCUCCGAUGAGUACAAGCAGCUGAGCUCUAAGGCGCUUGAAGCAGGUCGCAUCUGCGGCAACAAGUGUGUCACUAAGUUGUCUCUCCACCCAUUUCACACCAUCCGCAUCAACAAGAUAGCUUCAGACUGGUAUGCGCUCGCGCGAGUAAACAUCGGGCAGAGCAUCCUCUCCAUCCGUUGCAAGGAAUCGAACGCUGCGGUCACCCAGGAGGCUCUCCGCCAUGCGUGGUACAAGUUCCUAGCCCGGCAAAAUAUUAUUGUGUCGAAGAAGCGGGGCUUUACAAAUAUGGACCGUGAGGACUAUUUGAAACCCAAGGAGGAGAAAAGAGUUUUGCAGUGGGUAUCAUUUUACGCGUUAUCUGGGAUAUUUUAA